GAUGACUUGGACCAUUUCAAAGCGUGUGUGUGUGUGUGUGUGUGUGUGAGUUUUCACAACGUUGGGGCUCCGUACGCCGCACCAUCUCAGCUCUCGCAGAGGUUAGUCUCUCUCUGUAACUUCCUGUAACUUCGACAGCCGAGCCCCACAGGAGGAAACCAGACCCACCAGAGUGCGUGUUGAGAAUGUGCAGCACAAUGAAAGAUCAGCUGUCGCAUCAUUGAGAUAAAAUCCUGCGACUGAGGUGAAAGAUCGGAACUUGAAUGAACCGGGACUAGAAAGAUCUUUCUCCAUGUUCGCAGCAACUCCCUCCAGCCCCACCAGUCACACAGUGCCGGCUCUGGUCCAGUUCCAGCUCGGCCUGUUCAGGGAGGUGGUUCGAGUCCCCGCCAGCAACCUGAGCUAUCACCAUGCCAAGAGGCUGGCUGCUGAGAUCAUAGAGCGCAAGGCUCCAGACUGCACCGUGGUGGGUGCAGGGGAGAAGAUUCUGCUGUUCAGACAUCAGUUCGCCACAGAGCAGCUGCUGCACCGCCUGACAGACGACGACGAGCUGCGGGAUGGAGACCUCAUCGAGGUCAUCAUAGCAGGAUCAGCGUCGGUGACUGAGAUGAGGAUCCGUCCCCACACCCUGGUGGUGCAGUCAUACCGGACUCCCACCUUCUGCCACCACUGCGGAGAAAUGCUUUGGGGCCUCGUUCGACAGGGAUUAAAGUGUGACGGGUGUGGAUUAGACUUUCAUAAACGUUGUGCUUUCCUGUUGCCCAAUAACUGCAGUCGAGCGCGGCGUCAGGUCAGCACCAGCCUCUCGUUGUUUCCUCCUCGACGACCACGUACACACUCUCUGUCCAAUCAGGCAGGAGGCAGUCUGGAAGAGAUCAGCAUGUCCAAGCCCUCCUCCAGGCCUCCGUCCUGGACUGAGCCCCCGGUCUGGCUGGCAGUUGGGUACGGCGACACCAGCACGGCUCAGGUCCCUCACACCUUCCACAUCCACAGCUACACCAAACCCACCGUCUGCCAGUACUGCCACCGGCUGCUCAAAGGGCUCUUCAGACAGGGGCUGCAGUGCUCAGACUGCAGGUUUAACUGCCACCGGCGCUGUGAGCUGCUGGUCCCCAGAGACUGUCCAGGAGAGAGGAAAGGCAUCAACGGUGAAGAAUCCCCAGCAGUGGGUCACGGCAGCCCAGCAGACCCAGACCAUAAUGAUUCAGACUGCACCAGCACAACAACACUAGAGAUCUCAGAUGAUGAGAUGUCCACUGAUGGAGACCAGACGGCCGAGACAAAGGAAGAAGCGCCACAGAGAGAGCCGAUGAGUCCGUGUUUCAGCAGCUACAUCCCUCUGAUGAGGCUCGUCCAGUCGGUGCAUCACUCCAAGAGGAGGGCAGGUGGAGUCCUGAGAGAGGGAUGGCUGCUGCAUCACACCAACACUGACACACUGAGGAAGCGUCAUUACUGGAUCCUGGACUGGAGGAGCAUCACUCUGUACCAGAAUGAGAGCAGCACCAAGUACUACAAGGAGAUCACUCUGUCUGAGGUGCUGCAGGUCCGAGGCCCCGCCCAGCUCACCGUGCCCUUGUUGCCAGGCAACAGCGCCCACACCUUGGAGGUAGUGACUGCCUCGCUGGUGUACUGCGUGGUGGCCGGAGAGGACGGGCCGGCCUGGGAGAGCGCCAUCCAUCAGGCUCUGAUGCCGGUGCAGAGCAGCGCGGGACACGGCGAUGAGAACCAGGAGGGAGAUUCAUGCAGAGACAGCGUGGACAUCAGCUCGGUGUAUCAGAUCUUCACAGACGAGGUGCUGGGCUCAGGACAGUUUGGAGUGGUGUACAGAGGUACUCACAGGAAGUCAGGUCGGCCAGUCGCCAUCAAAGUCAUCGACAAGACGCGCUUUCCCACCAAACAGGAGAGACAGCUGAGGAAUGAGGUGGCCAUCCUGCAGAAUCUGUCCCACCUCGGCGUGGUUCUGUUGGAGGGCAUGUUCGAGACAGUGGAGCACGUGUUUGUCGUCAUGGAGAAGCUCCAUGGAGACAUGCUGGAGAUGAUUCUGUCCAGCGAGAGAGGCCGACUCCCUGAACGCAACACCCGCUUCCUGGUCAUGCAGAUCCUGGAGGCUCUGCGCUAUCUGCACUUCAAACACAUCGCUCACUGUGACCUGAAACCUGAGAACGUCCUGCUGGCCUCUGCCGACCCCUUCCCUCAGGUGAAGCUGUGCGACUUCGGCUUCGCCCGCAUCAUCGGCGAGAAGUCUUUCCGCCGCUCUGUCGUGGGCACGCCGGCCUACCUGGCGCCCGAGGUGAUCAGCAGCAGUGGCUACAACCGCUCCUUGGACAUGUGGUCCGUGGGCGUCAUCAUGUACGUGAGCCUGAGUGGCACGUUCCCCUUCAAUGAGGACGAGGACAUCAAGCAGCAGAUCACCAACGCCGCCUUCAUGUACCCCCGACAACCGUGGGCCUCCAUCUCCCUGGAGGCCAUGAGUCUCAUCAAUAACCUGCUGCAGGUGUCGGUCAGACGCAGGUUCAGCGUGGGCAAAACUCUGGGACACCCCUGGCUGCAGGACUUCCAGCUGUGGUGUGACCUCAGAGAGUUCGAGCAGAGGAUGGGCUGCAGGUAUCUGACGGACCAAGGGGACGAGGAGCGCUGGAUACGCUAUGCUCAGGAGAGGGGCCUGGACUUCCCGACCCACCUCUGCUGGGACCCUGACAACAACCCCCAAAUGUGACCUCGCUGUGGAGGUUAAAGGUCAGUCAGUUUCAUAAUCCAUACAAAAAUCUUGAAUCUGUUAUAGUUUCUGUGAGGACUAAGGUGUUUUGUAGUGGGGAGAAAAACUAAAAGAAUCAGCAGUAAACACAAAUAACAAGCUCAUUAAUCCAUAGCAAUCAUAGCGUAGCAUCGGCCGGCUCAGACCAGGGUCCAACAUCAACACAGUUGUGCUCCAUUGACUGUAAUGUAAUCGUUUCAGAUGUCCUUCAUUUUCAGGCUGGUUUUGUGGAUUUGGAGCUAAAUGUUGUGCCUGGGGCAC